UUCCAUUAUCUGUACUGUUCGGUUUUUUGUAUAAUGAUGAAAAACUAGUCGCGUCCGUUCUUCUGCAUAUUAAGAACUGGGGAUAGAAACCAGUGCGCUUUCGCAUCUCAUCCCUAGUUUCGUUGUAUCGACGUUAGCUAUUCGUCGGGGCGUUUGUCCAUCGAUAAGGAUCUUAUUUUUUUCGCUACCAACAGAGGGACUUGCACCUGUCGUGUGACCGCGCAGGUAGCAACGCGUGAAAGUGUGAACCAAGCAACCAAGUGCGGGAAUAGCAAAACAACGCGGGAGCAUCGUGUGUUCGGCCGGUGGCCACACAUACAUCGGUCAUGGCUGCUACGAGUGUUGUCGUGCUCGACAGGGGCAACAACACCACCUGCACCAUAAACUUGCACGGUGCCACCGUUGUCUCCUGGAGAGUCAACAAUCAAGAACAGUUGUUCGUUAGUAAACAAGCAGUAUUCGACGGUAAAAAAGCCAUACGGGGCGGAAUUCCCUUCGUCUUUCCACAAUUCGGUCCUUGGACGUUUGGGCCACAACACGGUUUCGCGAGGAUUGUUCGCUGGAAUCUGGAGAAAGCUCCAGAGAGAUUAGCAAGUGGAGAUGUUGAGGCCAUAUUUUCGCUCAUGGACUCGGAUUUUACUCGCUCCAUUUGGAGCUUCCCAUUCCAAUUGACGUACAGACUAAUCCUGCGCGAAAAGGAGUUACAUUCCAACAUUGCCGUGUACAACCCAAGUAAAGACACAACGUUUAGUUUUAACUUGUUGUUGCACACUUAUUUCAAAGUUCCUGACGUGCGACGUUGCCAAAUAACAGGUCUACAGGGUUGUACAUUCCUAGAUAAAACGUCGAACGAAGGGGCUCUCUAUCAAGAAACUCGUGACGUUGUCACCAUUGGAGAAUGGACUGAUAGAAUUUAUCAAAACACACCACAUGAACACAUAAUAACAAAUGUUGUCUCAGGGCGUAAGAUGCGCAUACAAAAGUGCAAUUUUCCUGACACUGUCAUUUGGAAUCCUUGGAUGGAUCAUGCCAAGGAAAUGAACGAUUUUGGAGACGACGAAUAUCCAAACAUGGUAUGUGUCGAGUCUGGACAUGUGUCAAGUCCUGUUAUUUUACUGCCUGGCAUGGCUUUUGAAGCCAGUCAGAUUUUACAAGUUAUGUGAAGGUUUUUUCUGCCACUCUUCAGCCGUCCAGCUGCUGCUCAUCGUGGUAAUUUCAGUUCUUUGUAUUUCAUAACGCAUAUUAGCUAUGCGCUAAGGAAUAUAAGGGAUGUGAGAAGAACGUGUGUUUGUAAUCAGAAAGCAAUAGUUUAGUUAAAUUUAUCAAUUAUUUGUGAGUUGUGAAUGUUGCAGGAUAUGACAACAUUCCUGAAACAUCUAGCCUUAUGUCGUAUACGACUGGUGUAGUUCUUAGUUCUUUGUUCUUCUCGUGCAAUAGUUGACGUGGAAUUAUACUUUUGAUAGCUAACUUAUUAUAUUUGUUAGUAAACAGCUUUUAACUUUAAAUAAAUUAUUAUAAUUA